UGCGUGCCCGCCAUCGACCGGCUCCGUUCCGGCUACCUUGGUCUGGGCGGGUGAGCGAGAGCGAGGGCGCUUGGGAGACGCCUCGCCCAGCGGCGAUAGAUUAGUUAGGCCUCAGAAAGAUGGCGUCCUCGGAGCAGGCAGAGCAGCCGAGCCAGCCAAGCUCUACUCCAGGAAGUGAAAAUGUGGUGCCUCGAGAGCCUCUGAUUGCCACAGCAAUGAAGUUUCUACAGAAUUCCCGGGUCCGCCAGAGCCCACUUGCGACCAGGAGAGCGUUCCUUAAGAAGAAAGGGCUGACAGAUGAAGAGAUUGAUUUGGCUUUCCAGCAGUCAGGCACAGCUGCUGAUGAGCCUUCGUCCUUGGGCCCAGCCACACAGGUGGUUCCUGUCCAGCCCCCUCACCUCAUUUCUCAGCCGUACAGCCCUGUGGGGUCCCGAUGGAGAGACUACGGUGCCUUGGCUGUCAUCACGGCAGGCAUUGCGUUUGGCUUUCACCAGCUCUACAAGAGAUACCUGCUCCCCCUCGUCAUGGGUGGCCGAGAGGACAGGAAGCACCUGCAGAGUAUGGAGGCGAGUCUCUCGGAGCUGAGUGGCAGCGUGGCACAGACAGUGACUCAGUUACAGAUGACUUUAGCCUCCAUCCAGGAGCUGCUGAUUCAGCAGCAGCAGAAGGUCCAGGAGCUCGCCCACGAACUGGCUGCAGCCAAGGCCACCACAUCUACCAAUUGGAUCCUGGAGUCUCAGAAUAUCAAUGAACUCAAGUCGGAAAUUAACUCCUUGAAGGGGCUGCUUUUAAACCGGAGGCAGUUCCCUCCGUCCCCCUCAGCCCCGAAGAUACCGUCUUGGCAGAUCCCAGUCAAGUCCCCGUCACCCUCCAGCCCUGCGGCUGCCAACCACCACAGCAGCAGUGACAUCUCGCCCGUCAGCAACGAGUCCACGUCCUCCUCGCCCGUGAAGGAGGGCCACGGCCCCGAGGGCUCCACGGCCACCUACCACCUGCUGGGCCCCCAGGAGGAGGGCCAGGGGCUGGUGGAUGUCAAGGGCCAGGUGAGGAUGGAGGUGCAGGGCGAGGAGGAGAAGAGGGAGGACGAGGAAGACGAGGAGGACGAGGACUUGAGCCACGUGGACGAGGAAGCCUGCCUCGGGGUGCAGAGGGAGGACCGCCGGGGCGGGGACGGGCAGAUCAACGAGCAGGUGGAGAAGCUGCGCCGGCCGGAGGGCGCCAGCAACGAGAACGAGCGGGACUAGGCCCCCCCCGGGGCUCGGCCUCCGCCAGCGGGUUGCCGGGGCCUGGCUCCUUCUCUGGCUCUGGGAGGGCGGCCUCGAGCCGGGUAGGGCCAGAGCCGUCGCAGCCUCCGUGGGGCCUGAGCCCUGUGCGUGGGGUCGCAUUUGUGUGUGGCCAGCCUCCCCCCGCCUGAACGCCAGCCCCAGCCCGCCACUUCCUCAGCUCAGCCCCAGCCCGACGGGCCUGCGACCUUGUGCUCAGGUCAGGCGGCGGGGUGGCGGCGUGUGCUCUGGACUCCAGCCCCCUUGAGCCCCGGCUCCCGGACAGAGGUCUCGUCCAGGGCGUGUCUGCUGAGCAUCUUAGCUAACCUAACACCGUGCAUGACAAGAGGUAGUUUAAUUACCUGGCUCCUGAUGCUCCGAAGAGGAAGGGCUGCAUUGAUGUGUCUGCUCUUCCACCUCCCUCCUGUCCUGCCAUGGCUCCUUGACUUGCCCGCAAGGGGCCGGGGGGCCGUCUUGUCAUGUUUCCAGAGCCACGGCCCCGGGCUCUUCUCUCUGGGCCGGGGCCUCCCCGGGCCUCCCAGCCAGGUCUCGUCCAGAUGAUGCCGCCCCCAUGCGCUGUCCCAGCCCCACCGUGCCCUGUCGUCCUUCCAGACGAAUGAAAUCACACUGCACUUCUGCCGUCCUCGCUUGCUGCGUUGUGACUCAGCUAACCCCGUGGCGAGACGUGGUUCGGACUCCCACAUAGGAGCCAGGCGUCAGGGCCUCCCUGUCUGCCCUUCCCACCCAGAAACACAUGUGCAUUUGUGUGAUCAGGUCUAGGUUUCAGAAUAUAAGAUACUACUGUAUAUAAUUGUAAUAAAUACGAGUUGUCGCUAUUUAA